AUGGCUCUACCACACCUCAAGUGGGUUUCAGACUGGCUCAGGGUGUGCUCAGUGCCUGGCUGUUUCUUGCAAGAUCUCUCAAAUCCGGCUUCCCACUACGUGAAGUAUUUCAAGAAAAAUAAAGAGGAGCUGGCACAGAAGCUCUACUGUCUGUAUAAUAGUACCAUCUUUGAGCAGAAGUUACCAGAGAAAAUGGCAAUAAUCUGGAAUAAGAAAAUGAGAAAAACAGCAGGAUAUUGUGUAACUGGGCAGACAGAAGGUCCUGAAGCAAAGCGUUAUGCUCGCAUAGAACUUUCUGAGAAAGUCUGUGACUCUGCAGAUCGUCUUCGAGACACGCUAAUUCAUGAGGCUUGCCAUGCAGCCACCUGGCUGAUCAAUGGUGUUCGCGAUGGACAUGGACAAUUCUGGAGAUUCUAUGCCAAUAAAUCAGCUGUGAUUCAUCCGGAACUGCCAGUGGUAACACGAUGCCAUAGCUAUGAGAUUAAUUACAAAUUCAUCUAUGAGUGUGUUGUGUGCAAAGCUACGAUUGGACGUCAUUCCAAGUCUCUGGACACAGAGUGCUUCGUGUGUGCAUUCUGCGGGGGGCAGCUGGUCCUGAGUCAGCCCACUCGGAAGGGUGGCACUCCUGCUAGGACACAUCUAAUGCCCUUUGCAAAGUAUGUGAAAGAAAACUACGGACUUACUAGAAGAGAGCAGCAUGGGCUAAGUCAUGCAGAAGUCAUGCGGAAACUCAGUGCUGAUUUUGCUUUAAAAACUAGGCUUCAAGAUUCCUUGUAA